GUUGAUGCUCAGAGUGCAGUGGCGUAGAUCGUAUUCAUUUUGGUCGUUUAGCUUUAAUAGGGGGUUAAUCGAAGUUCUUCUAAGCACGGUAUACAGUGGAUAUUCAUUAAUUAGUUUCUGAAAAAUGAUUGGAAACAAAACCAUGGCGGUAAAGGCCCCCAAGGAGCUUCUUUUGCCGAUGAACGUUCCCCACAAAUUGUUGAUGGGACCUGGGCCGUCCAACGUACCACCGAGAAUCCUGGCCGCCGGAGCUCUGCCGAUACUUGGACACAUGCAUCCGGAGACUUUGAAGAUCAUGGAUGAUAUAAAGAAAGGAUUACAGUACGUAUUCCAGACGAAGAAUGAACUGACCUUUGCUGUGAGUGGUUCAGGCCAUUGUGGAAUGGAGGCUGCCAUGAUGAAUCUCAUCGAACCCGGUGAUGUCAUUCUGGUCGCUUCCAACGGAAUCUGGGGAGAAAGGAUCGCAGAUCUUGGCAAAAGGCUCGGAGCCAAUGUGAAAGUAUUGCAGAACCCAACUGGAGUAGCAUUCUCCUUAAGACAAAUUGAACAGAGUAUUCAUGUUUACAAGCCAGUAUUAUUUGCAAUCACUCAUGGAGAAUCAUCAUCUGGUGUACUGCAGCCAUUGCAGGGGAUCGGAAGUCUAUGCCACAGGAAUAACUGCCUUUUCUUGGUAGACUCAGUAGCAUCGCUAGGAGGAGUUCCCAUGUUUGUGGAUGACUGGGGUAUUGAUGUCAUUUACAGUGGUAGCCAGAAGGUUCUCGGUGCACCCCCUGGAACGGCUCCUAUAUCAUUCGGUGAAAGAGCAAGAUCCAAAUAUCUGAGCAAGAAAACCAGAGCUCCUUCGUUUUAUUUGGACCUCAAUCAUCUAGCAAACUACUGGGGGUGUGAUGCUGGUCCAAGAAGAUACCAUCAUACCUGCCCUGUGACCAAUCUGUAUCAACUAAGAGAAGGAUUAGCUAUGGUAGCAGAAGAGGGUCUUGAAGAAUGUUGGAAGCGUCACAAAGCAGCCGCUCAAUCUCUGUACGUGGGACUAGAGAAACUUGGUCUUCAGUUGUUUGUCAAAGAUGAGGCGACCCGUCUCCCCACCGUUAGCGCCAUCUUGGUUCCUCCUGGUAUGGACUGGAAGAAGCUGGUCAUGUAUGUUAUGCAAAAGUACAGAAUAGAGAUAUCUGGUGGCCUUGGACCGAGUGCAGGAAAGGUUUGGCGCAUCGGUCUCAUGGGGUACAAUGCCAACCAGGACAACGUGAAGAGGGUCUUGAGGGUUCUGGAAGAAGGUCUCAACCAUUGCAGGACUACAUCCCGCCUCUAAGGUUUCCAGAAACUACCUGUAAAGAACUUGCCCCUUCCUUCCCUCUGUCUACUCCCAUUCACUGAAUCCCUUGCCUUUAGACGGUGCAUUUAUCCUUCACUAAGCCCUACAGAAGUUCUCCUCUUUGGAAGAAGGUCUUGACCACUGAAGGACUACAUCCCGUCUAUAAGGAUUCCAGAAACUACCUGUACAGUACUUGCCCCUUCCUUCUCCAAGUCUGCUCCCCUUCACUCAACCUCCGGAACCAUUCCCUAUUCUCCCUAGAAGUUUGGCUCCAACCAUAGCAGGACAACAGUUUGUCUCUAAGGCUCCCAGAAAACAACCUGUAAAAUACUUGCCUCCUUUCUCUGCCGUAUCUAUUCCUUUCCCCCAUUCAUGCCACCCCUUGUACUUUUAUCUCUUCUCUCUGGAAUACUGUCUCAACCAUUGCAGGACAAGAUCUCAUCUCUAGGUCCUCUAGAAACCUCUUUCAAAGUACCUGCCCCUUCACCCCCAAGUCUGGGUUUGGGAAACCUCUUGAAAUACUCACCCCU